GAAAAAUGACGUUUCGUAGAAUAAGAUAAUUUCACUAAUUCGGAAAUUCACAAUUUAUCAAUGAAAUUGUGAUAUUUGUGCAUAAAUUAUGAUUUCAGAUUAUAUUUUUAGUAACAUUUGACAAUAGUGUUUAUGUCUACAAGUUUUAAGUUCAUGGGUUUUAGGAUAAACAGCUCAAAAUGCCUUACUAUAUGUUUAGGACUAACUUUCGUCAUGGGAUGCUAUUUAGCAGUAUUACCUAUACAGUCAGAGAAGGACGCAUUACCUAAAGCGAUGCGGCCGCAAAUAUCUUCAAAAGUUCCUGUCAAAAAGCGACUUGCAGUAUUGGUACCGUUCCGGGACCGUUUCGAGGAACUUUUAGAAUUCGUGCCGCACAUGUACAACUUUUUAAACAAGCAAAGAAUUCCUUUUGACAUAUUUGUAAUACAACAAUCAGAUAGCUUCAGAUUCAACAGAGCGUCUUUGAUUAAUGUUGGUUUUUUACUAACGGAAAAGAAUCAUGAUUAUAUUGCAAUGCACGAUGUAGAUCUACUGCCUUUAAAUGACAAUUUAAAGUACGACUAUCCUGCCUACGGUCCUAUUCACAUAUCAUCACCGGAGACACAUCCGAAGUAUCAUUACAACACAUUUAUUGGAGGGAUAUUGUUGAUAAAGAGGGAGCAUUUUCAACUGGUGAAAGGCAUGUCAAAUAACUACUGGGGUUGGGGACUGGAAGACGACGAGUUUUACGUCAGGAUAAAGGAUGCGGGACUGAGUGUUAGCCAUCCUGCGAAUAUUACCACUGGGACUGAAAAUACAUUUAAGCAUGUCCAUGAUAAGACCUACCGCCGCCGAGACAUGCGUAAAUGCUACAACCAACGCGAAGUAACCCGUAGGAGGGACAGAAAGACCGGUAUCCAUGAUGUCAGGUACAAAAUCAAAGGUGAGCACACACUAACCAUCAACAGCCUACCCCUUACGGUUUAUAGCGUGGAGCUGCUGUGUGACCGCAAUGCUACGCCGUGGUGUCAAUGUCCUGACCCGAAGAAAGCUUCCAGUAACACUAAAUAACCCUUUAAAAGCCGCAUUCACGAAGAACGCAAUGACGGAGUUUCUAGGACACAUUCCCUAAUAAGAAUGUAGAUGGCGCUGAUAUUGUCCCCUUCGUUUAACGGUCUAAUUCCAUGGAUUCCAGACAUAAUGCAUCUUUCAUCUUAGUUUCUGUUUAUUAAAUGAUGACCCUUGAAUUCUGAUGCAAAUAUCAAGCAACAUUUAUGUUAUUUAUAUAACUGUCAUUACAUUAUAUUUUUGAAUAGUUAUAAACAUAACAUACAUAAACAGCCUAUAUACGUCCCACUGCUGGGCACAGGCCUCCCCUCAAUCAACCGGAGGGGGUUUGGAGCAUACUCCACCACGGUGCUCCAAUGCCGGUUGGUGGAGGUGUUUUUACGGCUAAUAGCCGGGACCAACGGCUUAACGUGCCCUCCGAAUCACGGAAUCAUCUUACUUUUUCGAACAAUCAGGUGAUUCAAGCCUGAAAAGUCCUUACCAAACAAUGGACAGUCUCACAAAGUGAUUUCGACAAUGUCCCGAAAUCGAACCCGGACCUCCAGAUCGUGAGCCUAACGCUCUAACCACUAGACCACAGAGGCUGUGUUAGUUAUAACGUAACAGAUACUUUAAUGGCAACACAGAAGAAAUUUAAAUAUAAACAACAGCUAAUGCUAAUAAUAUUUAAUAUAUUUAUAAAAACUAAUGAAUUAAUUACUAAUUAAAUAA